AUGAGCGGCUUCGUGGGGCAGCGGUCUUGGAUGGGGGCCGCCGCCACCCCGUCGGAGCCUGUGGGCGGCGACGCGCGGGACGACGGCGCCGCCUCCUCGUCCUCCAUGAACGCCAGCGCCAUCUCCUUCGGCUUCGCCGCCACCGCCAUCCUCAUCGCCAUGUUCCUCCUCAUGGCCAUCUUCGAGCACCUCAUCAAGCCCGGCUGGGCCGCCGCCCGGGCGUCCCGCGACGCUGCCGGCGACGACGGACACGCCCAGGACCCGUCCCACUCCGGCCGGCACCGGCCGCGCGACCACGGCUCGCCGGACAAGCUCGCACCUCCGCCCAAGAUGGAGGUCGUAGUGGCCGCGCCGGACCUGACGGUGGUGAUGCCGGGGCAGCGGUACCCGACGUUCCUGGCGCAGCCGGCGCCGCUCCUCUUCCCGUGCCCGAGAGAGCCUGUGCGCUGGCCUCCGCACCAUGACCGCCGACAUUCCUUCCUGCCGCCGUGA